CGCGAGUUCACCGGUUUGUUUACAUUCGUUCAACACAUGUUUCGGGCGUUUCAGGUGCUCCAGGCGUUUAAAAUUUUAGUGGUUUUAGUCGUAAAAAACGUUUUCUUUAAAGUUUGAAUUGAUAAGACCGCACAUUUUCAAAAAUGGGCAAAAAGGAUAAAAAUAAGAAAAAAGGUAAAGGUGCUGAAAAAACAGCUAUGAAAACCGACAAAAAAUUAGCUGCAAAGCAAAAAAAGCUGAUUGCUAAACUCGGCGAGGACGAUAUAGAAACAAUUGUGGCCAAAUAUGAAACUAAAGAUACUAAAUCUACAGAUUUAACGGAAACUCUUUGCGCACCACCAUCCGCUCGAGUGAAUUUUUCGAUAUGUUCCCAUCCGGACAAGGAAGAAAUUUUCAUGUAUGGAGGAGAGUUUUACGAUGGCCAAAAAACAACAGUGUACGGCGAUUUCUUCAACUUCAAUGUAUCGAAGAACGAAUGGAAAAUCCUUAAGGCAUCUAUAUGUCCAGCACCACGAAGUGGCCACCAAAUGAUAUCGGUUAGUACCGAUGGAGGACAAAUUUGGCUUUUUGGAGGAGAAUAUGCCUCGCCAUCCCAGUUGCAGUUCUACCACUACAAAGACUUGUGGGUUUAUAGGAUAGCCAAGAAACAAUGGGAAAAAAUUAACGCGCUCAACGGCCCGAGCGCUCGCAGUGGCCAUAGAAUGGUGGUUAGCAAGAAAAAACUUUUUGUCUUUGGUGGAUUUCACGAUAACAAUACCUCGUACAGAUAUUUUAAUGAUUUGUUCGCAUUUUCUCUUGAAAAUUACACAUGGACGAAAAUAGAACCUACAGGAACAGGACCAGCACCGAGAUCAGGAUGCUGUAUGAUAGCCUGUCCAGAUGGCAAACUGCUUAUCUGGGGAGGAUAUUCCAAGUCUUCCGUAAAGAAAGAGAUUGAUCGAGGUGUUACUCAUGCAGACAUGUUCUCAUUAACCACGAGUGAUGAUGGUAAAUCCUUCAAAUGGACCAGCAUAAAACCAGGUGGUAAGAAACCAGCUCCACGAAGUGGAAUGAGCGCUACUAUAACUGCGAAUGGCAAGGUGUAUGCUUUCGGAGGUGUGAUGGACACGGAGGAGGACGAAGAAGACGUACAAGGAUUGUUCAGUAAUGAAAUACAUACACUUGAUCCUGCAUCACACACUUGGCGAACUCUGGAGGUUUCCAACAAAAAAAGUAAAGCUUCAAAGUCAAAAACAACUCCCACUGAAGGUGCCGAUGAAGUGGUCCCAGAAAAGCAAGUUGUCUACGAUGAUGGCAUUUUUACCAUGUCUGUCGGUGGUUCCUCUAAAGCUGCCCCAAAAGAAAGCAUCGAAAACGAAUCGGUUGAUCUUGGUCGUCCUUCGCCAAGAAUGAACAGCGGAAUUGUUGGAUGCAAAGGCAAUCUUUAUAUUUAUGGCGGUUGUUACGAAAGCGGCAGUCGUCAAUACACCCUCAGUGAUUUCUAUUCAUUAGAUUUGCAUAAGCUAGACCAAUGGAAGAUACUUAUUGCAAACAGCCUCACUGGAAGCGAAUGGCUCGGUUCGGAUAGUGAAGACAGUUCUUCAGAUGACGAUGGAGAUGAUGAUGAUGAUGACGAUUCUGAUGAUGGUGAAGAUGACGAUUCGGAAGAAGAUAGCACUACUGAUAUGGAUACUGAUUAGGUAUUCCAAAUUCUAUUUUUCAUUCGGUUGUUCAAAUCUGGAAGAAAUUUAAUAAAAAAAAGUUGCAUUUCUUUA